AUGGAUUUUUAUCAUGAAAAUGAACAUGCUGUUACGUUGAUUCAUGAUUAUUUACAACAAUCUGUCGUUGAAAAAUGUGGAUAUAAGCAUGUCAAUGCACUUCGUACAGCUCUUGCACGUUUUCCUGAUGAUCCAAUUGUACAAUCCGCAUUUUACAUCAAAUAUAAUCGUAUAACACAAGGUAAAAUGAAUGUUGAUGAGCCGAUGAUUGAUAUUGAUUUGUAUAAGCUAAAUGGUGAACAAACAACAUUACAAAGAUGUCUAAAUCAUCGUACAAUGAUUCUUGUUGCUGGAUCAAUGGCAGAACGUUUAGAAAUAGCUAAUCGCUUUUGUAACGAAUUUAAAUUAGAAAUGCCAGUAUUAAUUGAUAAUAUGGAUAACACAUUUCAUUCAACGUAUGGUGUAUGGUCAUUUCGAUUCUAUAUUAUACACAAUGGAAAACUAGUAUUUAAAACACAGCCAGAUCAAGAUAGUUAUGCCUAUAAUUUAGAUGAAUUAGAUGAAUGGUUUGAACAGUAA